AUUUUGCGUGCAACCUUAUUUUAGGCAUAGGGCAAGGGCACAGGAGCCCAAACUGAGCCAUCAACCUGUCGCCACUGGUCCGCCGACUGAAUUGCGGGUGGAUAUACACAUCUAGGCAUCUUUGCCAGCAUAAGGCCUUCGGCACACAGCGUAUACGCCAGGGCCCGCUCUCCCCCGCCCUCGUUGCGGCUGGGCGCUGUUCCCUCCUCCGCUCCCUCUCAACGCGCCAUCGAGGUUUCGGUAACAGAUAAAGAGAUAACACGAAAUGGCGCCGCCCUCCCUGGAGUCCGCCAAGGCCACGCUUGAAGCGGCGCUGGACGUCUUCGCCGCACAGAACAGCUUAGCGCGGCCGCCUGGCGGGCGAACCGAAUUAAAGGCACUGGGGGAGAAGGCGAAGCAGGCAGCAAGCAGAGCUGCGAUUCUGGCGUCUGGGGGCAGCACGCCAAGCGCGGAGGAGGUAUCGGGCGUGGUGUAUGGGCUGGAGCAGUCCACCAUCGCCAUCUGCAGCUACACACACGGCUUCACGCAUGGUUCGGGACCUUCGCUAAAGGACUCGCUCAAGCAGCGCUGCUCCGGGCUUGUGGAGCCCACACAGGAGCUGGUGGCCAAACUGAUGUCAGGAGCGGACGGCGGAGAGCUGCGCGCCAUUGUGGGCAAGGUGUGGGCGGCGGUGGAUGAGCUGGUGGCCGGCCCCAUCGACAACAAGGGCUGCCUGUUCCGCAAGCUAGCGGACGUAAUGGCAGGAGUCAAGUCCGCAGCCAAGGAGCUGGAGGAGCUGGUGGUCGAGUCCAAGCAGGAGCUGGCCGCUGCCGACCGCACCAGUGCCGGCAGCCGCGGCCCUGCAGCGCGCACCAGCACCGAGGGGUCGCGCCCGCCUCGCUCCAGUGACGACGAGGAGGACGAUGCGCAGUCCAGCGAGGUGGAGGAGGACGAGGACGACUUCCGGGACAUGGGCCACCUGUCCGCCAGCGAGCUGGGGGCGGCGGAGGCGGCGGCCGGGCUGCUGGCGGCGGCGCAGGAGGCGAUGCGGGCCGUGAGCCGGCCGCUGUUGGAAGGUCCGGAGGUGACUGGCAGCCACUGCUUGGACGAGUGGGAGUCCAUGGCUUGGCACGCACAGAAGCUGCGGUCCAGCUGCGAGGCGCUGGUGGCAUGCCUCUACCCGCCACACGAGGACUUUGGGGAGCUGCUGGGCACUGCCGAGUCCGUCAGCAUCACACUGGAGCUGCUGCUGUCAGAGUUCCCCGAGGCCUACGCGGGCGCAGCGCCAGCAGGCGCUGGAGCAGGCGCAGGAGGCAUGGAGGCAGCGGGGGCGCAGGCGGAGGGCCAGCAGCAGGCGGCGGGGCGCACGAGUGAUGCGAGCGCGGCGCUGGAGGCGGCGCAGCAGUCCGUGGACGCGGCGGCGCAGCGGCUGCAGGAUACGCUCAGCCGGCAGGCACACGCGGCACGGACGGGUGUGGCGACAAGCUAAGCGGCAUUGCAUGGUUGGGCGCGAUGUAAGGAGAGGAGUGCGGGUGAUGCGGUCUUGCAGGUUGUGUGACUUGGGGCUGCGUUGAUCUGUCAGGAACUAAGCGCGCCGGUCUGUAGGCAUGCGCUGAGCUCGCAGGUUGUAAGAUUGGAUUUGCGUUGGAUUGGUGCGGAGCGGAGCCAUACGCUGGUAUGUCGUCGCUUUUGUCACUUUUGAGCAGGUGUGCAUCAUGGUUGAGUGCCAAGGGCUACGGCAAAGAGUGGCGCAUGGCUGGGGCAGUUCGCGAGUCGUAGGGGCCCCACGGGGAUGGUGUCCAGGAGCAGGGCACUGGAGUGUUGGUGUCCGGGUGCACAGCAGAUGCCGCGGGCGCCAGUACGGCACAGUGAAACCUACGCGGCAAUUGGUGAGCGUUGUGGCGUUUGCGCCUGCCAGGGUCGCGCCGCCUGGACAAAGUAGCACCAAGAUUUGGAAUCGCUACGCUCGUGCGAGUACUUGCAUUUCCAGAGACCAACUAGCCAACUCAGUUACUGGUCAGGACAAGAUACUUGGCUGGGUCGUGGAGCCCGUUUCAAACCCGUAAGCCAAUGGGUGGCAGUUCACUGGCGAGGGUACUGUGGACUCACUCUAAAAGCAGAC